GCCAUGAGUAUCCGCAGAGGUACCUCCGUCUUACGCUCUCUUACGAAAACCCACAACCAGCUCUCGCUCUCGACUCCACCGGUGCUGCGGCGAGCAUAUCUUCCAACGUGCGCAAUCCCACAACUUCGAACCGCAUCUUCCACCACCAAGAACUCCCUGGUCCACUUCUUCACCCCACUUCAGCCCGCGCGUGUCAACUUCUUCCAACCUACAGUGCCCAGAAUGGCGACGGCAAAGAUGGACGAGGGAUUAAUCACGUACCUAGAGUGCCACGCGCCGAAUGACGCCUUUGAAGCAUCGGACCCCGUGAAGGCAUCUCAAUUGCUCUUCCCACAAGUCACAUAUACGGACGCCGAGAAGGCGGAGAUCGCUCAAUGGGUCACUACUGCUUCGCACCUCGGAUCGAAUUCCGAAGGCGCUGCCAAAACCAACGAACACCUGUCAGCACUCAACACGCACCUCGCGAGCCGCACCACCCUUCUCGGUUCGAAGCCCUCGGUCGCGGAUAUCGCCGUCUACCUGAAGCUCGCGCCCAUUGUGUCCAAGUGGAGCGCCGAGGAACGGACAGGAGAGCGAGGAUAUCAUCACAUCGUGCGGCAUGUGGACUUUGUGCAGAAUUCCUCCAAGUUCGACUUGAAGCUGGACGAGAGGGUGGAUAUUGACGUGGACAAUGUCGUCUUCAAGAUCAAGCCUAUUGAUGCCAAGGCAGAGAAAGAGCGCAAGAAGAAGGAGAAGGAGGCUGCUGCGAAGAGCGCAGCUGCGGCUGGCGCUACGCCGACGACAGGCACGGGGGAGCAAGGGGCGGAGGAGAAGAAGAGCAAGAAGGAGAAGGUUAAGGAUAAGGCGCAGGCUGUAGGCGAGACUGUAGCGUCUAGGGUAGCCGGGAAGGCCGGCCCUCCCGAGGGUGCGCCUACGCAGAAGAAGGAGAAGAAGCCGAAGCAGGCCAAACCGCAGAAACCCGCCCCUGUCGAGAAGCCACUGUCACCCGCCCUCAUCGACCUCCGAGUCGGCCACAUCCUCAAAGCCGAGCGACAUCCCAAUGCCGACUCACUGUAUGUGAGCACCAUCGCCUGCGGAGACGCGCCGGGCACGGAGAACACGCACGAGUACGAGGGCCAGGUUGUGCGGACCGUGUGCUCUGGUCUCAACGGCUUGAUCCCCCUGGAGGAGAUGCAGAACCGCAAGAUUGUGACCGUGUGCAACCUCAAACCCGUGACGAUGCGGGGCAUCAAGUCUUGCGCCAUGGUGCUUGCCGCUUCCCCGAGGGUUGCGGAAGGGGAAGACAGCCACAAGGGCCCCGUUGAGCUGGUCAACCCGCCCGCCGACGCGAAAGCGGGAGACCGCGUGUACUUUGAGGGAUGGGAGGGCGAGCCCGAGGCGGUGCUGAAUCCGAAGAAGAAGAUCUGGGAGACGAUCCAGCCUGGCUUCACCACGACGGAUGCGCUCGAGGUGGGAUUCAAUGUGGGGGAUGUGCCGCAGCUGUCAGGCGAGGGUGCGGACAAGAAGACUGGAGUGGCCAAGUUGAGGACGGCAGCUGGUGUUUGCACAGUGAGCACGCUGAAGGGCGCGACGGUGCGAUAGUCUUCGUGUUGUACAGAUGCUCAAAGCUAUAGAGGCACGAUGUCGUCAUUAGCGGAGACGUCGUAUUGGAUGCACAGCAUAUGCAAGCACAAACCACCUGAAUAAAAAUAUUCGCAAGCAAACAAAGCUCUAUUCUCGAAAUGCAACAAAUGGAUAUGGGACAGAUGUUUGUAGUCACAUUCCAAGGCUUUCCCCGGACUCCGUCGUUGCGUCGUGUUGUUUGCUGCCUACAGCUUGCCCCGCGUUCCCUCCGGAAAGCUGUACAAAAAGAUGGAGCUCCCACGCAUCCCUUUCCCUCUCCAACCCACAAACUCCAGCUUUCCUCUCCAUAAAAACGAAAAUCCCCCUUGAUACCCAAAGUGAAAAAGGAAACAGCCAAAAUGGCAGACGACCAAUCCCCCGACUGCCCACCCACAGCCAAG